AUGGAGGACCUUUUAGUUGGCAGCACCGUCACCAUCUAUGCGAGACACAUGAAGGUCAAGGCAUAUGCUGAUGCACACACGCAGGGUGCGCUGGAAUCCAAGCGGACUGGGCUAGCAAUUCUGCUGCAGCCAGCAGCAUUCCCUCAGUUGGGACAAUUGGUUAGCUGUAUCGAGUCUGGGGGUCUCAAGAUUAAGAGGCUUCGUCUUGUCAACGAUAAGGGUCCAACAGUGGCUAUGGAGGUGGUUGGUGAUGAUGCUGAUCUACUUUGGAGCCAAGCUUGCGGUCACUUGCCUGCUGCUGCAUACAAGCAGGUGCAAAGAGACCAGAUCGAGCCAUACUUCUCAGACAGGGAGCGGUUUCCUUGCACGGCCGCCUUUGAUCACUGCACUUUGUGCAUUGUCAGGCCCCAUGCAAUGAAGGCUGGCAAAGCUGGGGAGAUCAUGAUGGCUAUCCAAGCAGCUGGCCUGGAAAUCUCCGCAGCGGAAAUGCUUCACCUUCAGCAUGCAGAAGCUGCCGAGCUUUUGGAUGUGUACAAAGGAGUGGUUCCCUACCACAAAGAGAUGGUUGAUGGCAUGAGCAUUGCCCCAAUGCUUGCUUUAGAAGUGCGAGCAGAAGAUGCGGCAGUGGAGAAGCUGCGGGAGCUUUGUGGACCAUACGAUGUCGACAUGGCCUUGACUGGCCUGCUUUCGCUUUCAAAAGCUGCAAUAUUUUAA